CGCUCAGUCUCGCGUCUCGCCUCGCCUCGUCUCGUCCCGCGUCGUGUCUGUCGGGUCGCGCCAAUGCAAGUUGAAAACUCGCGUCGUCCGCGCGUUGAAAUCUUUGAAACUGUCAGUCGUAAACGUUCCUCCACGUCUUCGCGAUCGUUACGAUCGCUCGAGUGCGCGUCGCGGCUAUAUAAUUCGGGCAUUGUAGCUUCGGAGCGAGUCUAUCCGGACUCCGAUAUGAUAUCCGAUCGUCAUCGAUAAUAUAUCUGACAUGUAUCGGUACACGCGCGACAGCGAACUCGGUCGACCUCGCUUGGAAUACCUCACAUGCACGCGUACUACGGAGUGAAACGUAAAGAACGCCGGUCGUCUCCGCGAAUGACAACAAGCGCGUUGCAUACUUCAAAGUUGGACGAGAUAUACGAGACGGUAUAUCGAAUUCUGUCCGAAUUCUGAAUUUUGCUACCGGAAGUGCCACAAGUGUCGAAAGUGUCGAAAAGUGCCGGAAGUCCCGAACAACUGUCGAGGUCGCGAGAACUCGGAGCGUAAACGUAACGCAGCUUUCGACAAGAACGUUGCGACGAUACGUAAUCUCAGGAUGAGCGCAAACGCAUCGAGCGGAUAAAGCGCGCGAGCCAGGCAAAAGGGAUACAAAGGGAUCGAGGAAGGAGGAAAGCGAUGGUGGUGGAGUGGCUGUGCCCUGGACUCAGGCCGACCAGGAACAACAGGCCUCGUCUUUUGCACUGCAAAGUGAUACUUUUGGACGAGCACGAAUUGUUGCAGGAUGUCUUGAGCUCGAACCUAGGUCAAGAAUUGUUGGAUAGAGUAUUCAAGCAUCUAAACUUGCUGGAAACUUCUUAUUUUGGAUUGCGCUAUCUUGAUCACGGAAAUCAAACGCAAUGGCUCGAUCAAAGCAAAAAGCUCGGUAAACAAUUGAAGAUUCAUAAAGGAGAUCCUGGAUCGGAUGUGCACACUCUCUACUUUGGUGUUAAAUUCUACGCGGCAGAUCCGUGUAAACUCAUUGAAGAGAUUACCAGAUACCAGUUUUUCCUACAAAUCAAGCAAGACAUUCUACAAGGAAGACUGCCCGUAUCCUUUGAUUUAGCUGCGGAAUUAGGAGCCUAUGUUGUUCAAUCGGAACUGGGUGAUUAUGAUCCUAGACGACAUUCACCUGGAUAUGUCACGGAAUUUCGGUUUCUCGCCAAUCAAACUACGGAACUGGAGAAUCGUAUAGUAGAAAUUCAUAAAACUCUCAUAGGACAAUUACCCUCGGCGGCAGAAUUAAAUUACCUGGAUAAAGUCAAAUGGUUGGAAAUGUAUGGGGUAGAUUUACAUCCUGUGUUGGGCGAGGAUAGUGUGGAAUAUUUUUUGGGUCUAACACCGAGCGGAAUAAUACUUUUACGUAAUAAAACCAAAGUCGGAAAUUACUAUUGGCCUCGAAUUAAUAAAAUCUAUUAUAAGGGUAGAUACUUUAUGCUAAGGGUGAGCGAAAAAAAUUCCGAAGAGAGAACGCACGGUUUCGAAACACCAUCGAAAGGGGCCUGCCGUCACCUUUGGAAAUGUUGCUUGGAGCAUCAAGCUUUUUUUCGAUUAAUGGCAACCGGUCCACCACCUCUGAGUCCAUAUUCUCGAUUUCAUUCAUACAGUCCUCCGUCCACUUUGGAAAAACAUACAGCUAUUAGACGAAAUCCACCGCCGUUUCAAAGAACUCCCAGUCGGAGAGCACAAAGACGAGUUGUCGAAGGUCAAGAAAUGGUUGGUUCAUUCAUCGAAACACCGGUUACCGUAAUCACGAAUCCAGGUUGCAAUCCAUCCGGCGGUAAUGUUCCGUGCAAUACGCAAAGACAGAUGAAUACCUCGAGUCCGAGAAGCACGAGAAGUGCACCGUGGACGCAGAGUCAGCCCCGUGGUCUUUACACUUCGUCUAGUCCUCGCUCCGUUCGCUCCGCAGGAACGGCACCGGCACUCUUAAGUCGACUUCAACGUCGCAGCAGUUCGGUAGAAAGUCAAAGCUCAGGAGAUAGUCAUAGUCGCGGUGGUCACCGUAGACGAAGUCAUAGUCAUAGUCAUCGUCGACACAGCAGACAUUCCGACUGCGAAUCUGAACUCUCGAGAUGUUCAGACACAAGAUCCGGCCACCGGAAACAUCGUAGAAAACACAGGAAUUCCCGUUCCUCUAGCAGACACGAAUUGGUAGAUUCGGAGCCCCAAUGGAGAGAAGCGCAGAAACGAAAAGGAGAAGGCGUGCAAAAAGCUAUUGUAAGUCAUACAGAGCCUAGAAGAAGACAUAGGAGCAGACAUCGAAGUCCUUCCCAAAAACAAUCACUGCCGGAUGAACUUAGAAAACACUUGGAAUUUGGCCUAGUCGAUACUAGUGGAAUGAGUGAGCAGCAACGUCGAGAGAUAUCCUACACAGUAGUACAGUCGCAAUCUGUACAACAAUCUCCCUUACAAUCUAACAAUUCUCGAUUGGACGACACCGAUUCAUCGUCCCUACCUAGAACUAUCGGACCUAUUGGCAAAAGGGAAAGAAGAAUCGUGCGGCAUAAUCGUGAUGGAAGUGCUUAUAAUUUGCUGUCUGCAACAUCCAAUCGAGUCGAGGCAAAAUCUCCCGGAGUUCGAAACGACGUAUGUAACAUCAAGAAGGAUUUUUAUUAUACACGUAACAACAGAGUGUCGAUAAGUAAUAAUACGGACAGUGGACUCGGCGAGAGCACACCGCAGGAUUUUUCAAGUUGCCGCUCAAGUUCUGCAGACAGCAAUAAACCUAUUCACAUAACACAGAUGCAAUUAGGGGGAGAGGUACUCUAUGAACUUCCUUCAAAUCAAGAAAUCUAUCCUUCUGUUGACACUACUUUGGAUGCUGUUCUUCAACCUAUUAUAUCAACUUUAACAAGGAGGCAGCGAAAUUACCCGAUAUAAUCACAAAACUUUAAUAUGAAAUAAAGUAGUUUUACAUUUAUCAUAUGUUGUAUAUUUAAGAAAGUUUUCAUACCUUAAACAAAUUUAACAUGGACCGCUGUUGGACAGUUGUUAAAUCUUAUGAGAUGAGAGAAGAACUUUGUUAAAUAAAAAU